AUGCCCGACGCCAUCAACCUUCUCCGUCUGCUUAGGAAAAUGCACCACCUCCAACACAUCCCGCACGAGGCCGGCGUGCGUGAGCUGGCCUUUCGCAUUGGAAAGAAGAUUGCCGACACGUACUUGGGGAAGAAGGAGAACGGUGGGAAACGUGCGGCUACUACUCAAGACUUGGAGGGUUUGGCGCAGAAGGUAGCUGAGCUGUGGAAGAUGGAGAUUCCUCGCGUGGUUAACGAGCAAGCCGGGUGCGGCCCUGCGGGAGAGGAGGAUGGUGGAGAGGUGGAUGGUGGAGAUGAGGAUGGUGGAGAUGAGGAUGAAGGAGAGGAGGAUAAAGAAGAGGAGGAUGGUGUGGACACUCCGGACAACGAUGGCGAGUCUCUCGCUCGACUAGAGAAUGCAUACGCCACGCCCGCCGUCAUCCAGCCACCGCCCGGUGCUCCAAAGCGUCAUCUACGCCCUGUGACUCCGACUCCCGUGCCCACGGUCAAGCACACCGCGGCGAAGAUCCUCCGCGAGCGUCCUACCGCCGCACCCAAGAUGCCAAAGAUGAAGCUGGAGCCCGAGACGCCUCUCCGCCGCCUUAAGAAAUCGAAGUUCGCUCAAACCCCUCGCGUGUCCAUCACCGAGGAAGCCGACGAGAUAACGGUGUUGGCCACUCGGUCGCGCGAGCUGCGUAAGAAAUGCGCGGCGCUCAAGGAGACCAUCGCCGAGAGGGAGACCAAGGCGGCGCAGCUCAAGGUGGAGGUAAGGGCGAUGCAGAAGGAGUUGAUGCUGUUGUCUUAA